CCGCCGCUCCAGACAGGCUUGGCUAGCGAGCUCAGCUGACUGGCGCGCGCCGGCAUUCUUACAUGUGUGCGCGCCGCGUGUCCCCAUCGGUCGUGCCGCUGCCAGUCUUAGUUAUCAAGCGGCACAACAGCGCCCGGGCGGUGUCUGUGUUGUCUGCCUGUUGGGGCCGGCGUUUGUAGUUGUUAAAAGA